GAAUGACCGAUUAACAGGGAAAGUAGUUUAUUUCUAUCCAAACUUGUGGCUCACCAUAUUAGCUGAAUUCAAGGAUGGUAAAAUGGUAAAUGGCGAGGAGUGUAUUCUGAUAGAUAUACAACUAGAGGAAGGUUUUCUUCUGAAACCUAUUCUUCAAAAUCUGAAUAAUGGAAGAAAACUGGAAUAUGAACAUCCAACUGCCACACGGAUGGGCCAACAUUUAAAGCAGAGAGAUAUGUUUGAAAAUAUCUCAGUUUAUAUUUCACAGUCUAGGGUUCAAGGAGCAGGCGAAGGACUCUUUGCAAAAUCAAGAAUUCAAAAAGAAAAUAUAAUUUGUUUCUUUAAUGGGGUCAGGAAGAGAAAACUAUUCCGUACUGUGGCUGGGGUUGAUGAAGAAUUCAGUGAUUACAGAAUAGAACUUGAUUACCAAAUUAGCUUGGAUGUGCCUGAUCAGUUUACAAGUAUUUCAAGUUACAAUGCAACCUUGGGACAUAAAGCCUGCCAUUCCUUCAAUCCAAACUCAUAUUUUUCACAAGUUUAUCAUCCCAGAUUUGGAGAAAUCAUCAGUUUAAUUGCAUACCGGGAUAUACUAGAAGGAGAAGAGAUUCUUGUAAAUUAUGGAUACAACUUUCAGGGUGCUCCUACCUGGUAUAAAAAUCAGUGGAUGUAUCAUCUAAGGAAAGAAUAUCAAUGGUCUAUGGAAGACGUGCAAAGGUACGGAGAAUCAGUGUACAGUUGUCCUGCAGCUCUGAGAUCAGCUGACAGUCUUAUUAAAUCAAGAAAAUCCCAAUCUUGUUUUAAAUAUUAACAUUCUCAAUCAUAACCACUGGGAAUACCGUAAUCACUGGGAAUAGAGUUGAAAAAAAAUUACAUCUUAUCAUGAGAAUAAAAUUCAAAAAUAUGUUUUGUGUUGAUAUCCAGUAAUAAUCUCUUUUUCAGUUUAUUUGUUUGUUUGUUUGGAUGUACGAUCAUAACUCCUUAACCAAUAAACCAGUUUACCUUUGA